GUCAAGGUGCCACUUUGUAACCAACCCCAUUCUAAAUCCAUCCCGCCCUGCAGUCAUCAUCAACCUUGUCAGCCUCUUCCUAGAAGUUCGCCUCCCAAACCCGCACCUCGCCCUGGACAACGGCCAUUCCUUUGGGUCCUUCCUCCUUUUCAUUUCGUUGUCCUCUUCAUCUGGGGCAUUAGGAGUCCACGCGCCUUGUUCGUACGAUCGUUUUGCGCCCCGUUGCCUUGGUCGAUUCCCCCCCGCGGCGUCGUGACACAUUUCCCUUUCCGAUCAAGCCCCAUCCCGAGUCGGCCGAAUCAUUUCCGGGGGCGCUCGUCAGCAUCAUUUGCCCACCCCGUCGGCAUCAACAUCACCAGCAUCACUACUACCAUCACCAGCCAGUAUCGGACACCGCCCCACACAGCAGCCAUGGCUACCAAAGCUGCCCGCACGCGCUUAACGCGCGAGUACAAGACUAUGCAGAAGGAGCCCACGCCCUACAUCGUCGCCCACCCAUGCGAGUCCAACAUAUUAGAAUGGCACUACCUGAUUACCGGCCCACCCGACACACCGUACCACAACGGCCAGUACUGGGGCACCCUCAUCUUCCCGACCGACUACCCCUUCAAGCCACCAGCGAUCCGCAUGCACACCCCGUCCGGCCGCUUCGCGCCAUCCACCCGCCUCUGCCUCACCAUCUCCGACUUCCACCCGCGCUCCUUCAACCCCGCCUGGAGCGUCAGCACCAUCCUGGUGGGCCUGCUCUCGUUCAUGACGUCCAACGACGUCACGACCGGCUCGAUCACGGCCUCCACAGAGGAGCGCAGGCUACUUGCCGCGCGGACACGCUGGUGGAACUCGACAGGAGGAGGCACCUACGAGAGCGGUAAGGCCGCGCAGAAGGGCAACAUCAAGGUCGGCGACGGCGGCAAGAAGUUCCGCGAGGAGUGGCCCGAGGAGGACGCCGCCAACUGGGAGUGGAUGAAGGAGAACAAGAUCGACCCGGUCACCGGGCAGAGCCUCAACGCCGCCGGGGCACCGUGCGGACCACCGCUCGUCGGUUCCAUGGGUACUAGCGGUAGCCAGGUACAAGGGGUCGUGGACGCGGUGGUACAGCAGAGAGAAGCGGGCAGGGGCUGGGUGGCCGACCACAAGCUCCUGAUAGCUGGUGGUGCCAUCUUCUUCUACGUCCUGAUCGCCCGCCUGCUGGGCCAGGGCAUAUAACGGGUGCCGACAAGGAGGCUGAUCAGCCAGCCGGCGAGCUAUCUCGGGUGUUGGUGUCAGUCGGGAACGAGGUCUUCCUAUUUCUUUUUACUCGGUUUUAGCAUUGGCGUUCGGUUUGCACAUGUCUGUCGCGUAGACAUAACGCCCGGGGCCAUACAUGACUAGUUUUAGGGAAACAAGAGCAUGGCUGCUGCUGUUUCGCCGCCAGUUUGCAUUUGCAGAAAUCACUACUACCCACUCGGCUCGGUGCCAGAUCCGGACGAACGUGAUGUGACGAGGGAGAACUUUGCGGCGAUUGAUUUGGGUUCCUGCAAUCCAUGGCCAUCUGUCCCCUGAUGGAUGUUAAUCACCUGAUGCAGCAGACCCCAUUUGUCAGGCUGACUGUCGUCACCGUGGUGAAGAGGAUGCGCGCCGACAGGGCGCUCUUGUCGAUCAUUAUUGUUUCAACCAAUUUUAUGACAGAGUUGCGGAAAAGCCUCGGGCCCUUCACUCCACUUGCUUCCGGUGUGUUUUGUCUCUCUCACGUUCACUUCCAGAUGCGGGCAUGGCUGUGGUAAUAAUAAGACGGGUCGACCACGUCUGGGCGAUCGUCUGAAUCUGCGACGGUCAGGUGGAAUAUCGCACCUGGUACACCUUGUCACUACUCAGGGCUGUACCUCCAAGACAAGCUGAUGCGGAGCCAGAGGCCUUUUGUGUUGACCCUCAAGUACGUACAUCUGGGUUCAUCAAGAAUCCGACAUAGUUUGGGAUCGGUCCGGAACGUUUCGAAUCUUGAUGCUGCCGCGUGGAAUGCACAGGAGCAUCAUCAUCAUCGCCUGUAUUGCGAACAUACACAGUUGUAGCACGGUUAGGCAGCAUUCCGCUUCUCCCGCAAUGCAUGCGUCUCAUCAGCCAGACAAGCUCGCCGGGCCGUCGGGCACAACCCAGUGAGAGCAGAAUGGCUGGGGUCGACUGCCGGCCGGCCUGAACAUAUCACAAGAUGACCAGCGAUGUCAACGUGUGCCGGUGGGUCGCAAGUGAGGCCAUAUGUUGAUCAUGACCCGAGUACCCCCUUGUUCUCACCCGUACUGUCAGUCUGUUACUGUGUACGGACCGUUGUUGCUG